AUGGCGGCCCUUCCCGGCGCGGUACCCAGGAUGAUGCGACCGGCUCCGGGGCAGAACUACCCGCGCACGGGCUUUCCCUUGGAAGUGUCCACCCCGCUUGGCCAAGGCCGGGUCAAUCAGCUUGGCGGGGUCUUCAUCAACGGGCGACCCCUGCCUAACCACAUCCGCCACAAGAUUGUGGAGAUGGCCCAUCAUGGCAUCCGGCCCUGUGUCAUCUCCCGCCAGCUGCGGGUCUCCCAUGGCUGUGUCUCCAAGAUUCUCUGCCGCUACCAGGAGACUGGGUCCAUCAGGCCUGGGGCCAUCGGCGGCAGCAAGCCCAGACAGGUGGCGACUCCGGAUGUGGAGAAAAAGAUUGAGGAGUACAAGAGGGAAAACCCAGGCAUGUUCAGCUGGGAGAUCCGGGACCGGCUGCUGAAGGACGGGCACUGCGACCGCAGCACGGUGCCCUCAGGUUUAGUGAGUUCGAUUAGCCGCGUGCUCAGAAUCAAGUUCGGGAAGAAAGAGGAGGAGGACGAAGGGGACAAAAAAGAGGACGAUGGCGAGAAGAAGGCCAAACACAGUAUCGACGGCAUUCUGGGCGACAAAGGGAACCGGCUGGACGAGGGCUCAGACGUGGAGUCGGAACCCGACCUCCCUCUGAAGCGCAAGCAGCGCCGCAGCCGGACCACGUUCACGGCCGAGCAGCUGGAGGAGCUGGAGAAGGCCUUCGAGAGGACCCACUACCCCGACAUCUACACCCGCGAGGAGCUGGCCCAGAGGACCAAGCUGACCGAGGCCCGCGUGCAGGUCUGGUUCAGUAACCGCCGCGCCCGUUGGCGGAAGCAGGCAGGAGCCAACCAGCUGGCAGCCUUCAACCACCUCCUGCCAGGGGGCUUCCCGCCCACGGGCAUGCCCACGCUGCCCCCCUACCAGCUGCCGGACUCCACCUACCCCACCACCACCAUCUCCCAAGAUGGGGGCAGCACCGUGCACCGGCCCCAGCCCCUCCCGCCGUCCACCAUGCACCAGGGUGGGCUGGCCGCAGCCGCGGACACCAGCUCUGCCUACGGAGCCCGCCACAGCUUCUCCAGCUACUCCGACAGCUUCAUGAACCCGGGGGCCCCCUCCAACCACAUGAACCCCGUCAGCAACGGCCUGUCUCCUCAGGUGAUGAGCAUCCUGAGCAGCCCCAGCGCCGUGCCCCCGCAGCCGCAGGCCGACUUCUCCAUCUCCCCGCUGCACGGCGGCCUGGACUCGGCCUCCUCCAUCUCGGCCAGCUGCAGCCAGAGGGCCGACGCCAUCAAGCCUGGAGACAGCCUGCCCACCUCCCAGUCCUACUGCCCGCCCACCUACAGCACCACCGGCUACAGCGUGGACCCCGUGGCCGGCUACCAGUACGGCCAGUACGGCCAGACUGCUGUUGAUUACCUGGCCAAAAACGUGAGCCUGUCCACCCAGCGUCGCAUGAAGCUCGGGGAGCACUCCGCGGUGCUGGGACUCCUGCCGGUGGAGACGGGCCAGGCCUACUAG